AUGAGCCAGCGAAGCCAGAGUGAGAACUGCUCCUUCCAUGACGUGGAUGUGCUGAUGCAAACCGUGCAGCUGGCUGUCCACACCCCUACCUUCCUCCUCGGUCUCCUCCUCAACUUGCUCGCCAUCCGAGGCUUCAGCUCCUUCCUGAACAAGAGGUGGCCCUGCUACGCUGCCACCUCCAUCUACAUGAUCAACCUGGCAGUCUUCGACCUGCUGCUGGUGUUCUCUCUCCCAUUCAAGAUGGCCCUGACUCACGUGCAGGCCCCCCUUCCUCCCUUCUGUACCCUAGUGGAGUGCCUUUACUUCAUCAGCAUGUAUGGGAGCAUCUUCACUGUCUGCUCCAUCAGCCUGGACAGAUUCUUGGCCAUCCGGUACCCGCUCCUGGUCAGCCACCUCCGGUCCCCCAGGAAGACCUUCGGGAUCUGCUGCACCAUCUGGGUCCUGGUGUGGGUGGGGAGCACCCCCAUCUAUAGCUUCCACGGGAACGUGGAAAACCUCACGUGCUUUCACAACCUGUCUGACGGCACCUGGAGCGCCAAGGUCUUUUUCCCUCUUGAGGUCUUCGGCUUCCUUCUUCCCAUGAGCAUCAUGGGUUUCUGCUCCUCCAGGAGCAUUUGCAUUCUGGUCGCCCGUCGGGACCACACCCAGGACUGGGUCCAGCAGAAGGCCUGUAUCUGGACUAUCGCGGCCAGUCUGGCUGUCUUUGUGGUCUCCUUUCUGCCAGUCCACCUGAGUUUCCUCUUGCAGUUCCUGGUGAGGAAUGGCUUCAUCGUGGAGUGCAGAGCCAAGCAGAACAUCAUCUUGUUCCUGCAACUGUCCAUGUGUUUCUCCAACAUCAACUGCUGCCUGGAUGUUUUCUGCUACUACUUUGUCAUCAAAGAAUUCCGCAUGGACAUGAUGGCCCGCCAGCCUUCCAGGGUCCAGCUGGUCCUCCAGAAUACCAUGACCACCAUGGCUAAGGGAAGAAAGCUGUGCUUGGAGGAAGGGAACCUCAGUCUGAAUUCCAUAGCAGAUACCUCUUCCUAG